GGUUCAUCUGCGGAUCCCGGGGAAGGGAAGGGGAGGGCAGCGUCUUUGUUCCCGCCUCCUGCAGCCCAGCGGGAGAGGGAAGGAGCGGCACAACCGGUCUUCCGCGCUGCCUCCGCCCACCGCAAGCGGGCUGCCUAUAAAGCGCGGCGGGUCCUCGUGCCGCCUGCUCGGAGAAGAGGCCGCGGGGAUUCGGGCUGCUGCUGCUGCUGCUGGAUCGCGGUGCGCGGACGAGUCGAAAAUGUCUUCUGGUAAUGCUCAUAUUGGGAAGCCAGCUCCAAACUUCAGUGCCACAGCAGUGGUGGAUGGAGCCUUCAAGGAAAUAAAGUUGUCAGACUACAGAGGCAAAUAUUUGGUUUUCUUCUUCUACCCACUGGAUUUCACCUUUGUCUGUCCCACGGAGAUCACAACCUUCAGCGAUCGAGUUGAAGAAUUCCGCAAGAUCAAUUGUGAGAUUAUUGCUGCCUCUGUGGACUCCCAGUUCACCCACCUGGCUUGGAUCAAUACCCCAAGAAAAGAAGGGGGCUUGGGUCCCACAAGUAUCCCACUUGUGGCUGAUAUCAAUCACAGUAUUGCCCAGGAUUAUGGAGUGCUGAAGGAGGACGAUGGCAUCGCAUACAGGGGUCUAUUCAUAAUUGAUGAUAAAGGCAUUGUGCGGCAGAUCACAGUCAAUGACCUUCCAGUGGGACGCUCAGCAGAUGAGACACUGCGCCUGGUGCAGGCCUUCCAGUUCACAGACCAGCAUGGCGAAGUGUGCCCAGCUGGCUGGCAGCCUGGAGGCGAUACUAUCAAGCCAACGGUGAAGGAUAGCAAGGAAUACUUUGCCAAGCAGCAGUAGCCUCUUUUCUUGUGUGUCUGCUGUGCUACUGAGAGAAUCUGUUCAAAUGUGAAAGGGUAUUUGGUACCGGAUCUUCCACUCCAGCUUCUAGAGGAGUUCAUUCUGUUGAGCUAAGCGACAAAAGUCUCCCAUGAGUAGUUCAUAGAACUAGCUUGAAUGUAAGUCUGGAUAGGAAAUUGGAUGUUCUUGCCUCCAAUAAAUGCAUCGAUCAAAA